GAAAAUUCCCUAAGAGGGGCCACCAGGCCAGGAGAAAACAACUGGAGACCAAAGGGGUGCGGAGAAAAAAGGUGAAAAUGAGAAAGACAAGCAAAAAGAAACAAAGCCAGCGACCGAACGAACUAAACAAAAACCAAAGAAAAAGUCAAGCUCCAGGGACGGCGCAGACCUUAAGCGAGGACGCGCGGAGGAGCGGAGAUUACAGCCCAGAAUCCCUUGCGGCUCCUCCUCCCCUGGCGGCAGUCUCCUAGGCAACCCGGUAAACAAGAUGGCGACCGCCGGGAGCGAUCCCCAGUGGCCGAUGCCUUCCUCUCUCCAGGGUAGUUCACGACGUGGAGCCCAGUCGAUACUGUCGCGCUCAGAAAAAGAGCGUCAGUCUUGCUGGUCUUCUUCCCCCAUGGGGCAGAGACGGAAAGGUACUUUCCACAGAGCCUCGUCCUACCUGCUCCCGCAGCUCGUUCACCGCUCUGUGGAGUCGGACGCGGACGGACAGGACUGCGGGGACGAGGGCGAGAGCGAAGUGGAAUCCGAGGAGUCCUCAGAGUCCGAGAUGCUGAAUUUGGAGGAGGAAUUUGAUGGGGUCCUGAGAGAGGAGGUCGUGGCCAACGCCCUUCACCAGUUGGGGCGCUCAGGUUCUGGCACUGAGCAGGUCUACCUCAAUCUAACUUUAUCAGGUUGUGGUUUAAUUGACAUUAGCAUUCUCUGUGAAUAUGUUCACCUACAAAAGUUGGAUCUUUCGCUAAAUAAAAUUGAAGAUUUGUCCUGUGUGAGUUGUAUGCCUUACCUUCUAGAACUUAAUGCUUCUCACAACAAACUGACUACGUUCUUCAAUUUCAAGCCGCCCAAAAAUCUCAAGAAGGUGGAUUUUUCCUGCAACCAAAUUUCUGAAAUGUGUGAUUUGUCGGCUUACCAGGCUCUCACUAAACUCAUUUUGGACAACAACGAGAUAGAGGAAAUCAGCGGGCUGGAGAUGUGCAGUGGCCUGAUGCACCUGAGUCUGGCUAAGAACAAGAUCACGUCAAUUAAUGGCUUAGGCAGGUUGCCCAUCAAAAUUCUUUGUCUGAGCAAUAACCAGAUUGAGAAGAUGACCGGUUUGGAGGAACUAAAAGCUUUGCAGGUCGUGGAUCUGUCCCACAAUCAGAUCAGUAGCCUCCAGGGCUUAGAAAACCAUGACUUCCUGGAAGUGAUCAACCUCGAGGAUAAUAAGAUUGCUGAGCUGGGUGAGAUAGAUUACAUUGAAAAUCUACCUCUCCUUCGAGUUGUCAACUUUCUAAGAAAUCCAGUUCAGGAAAAGUCUGAAUAUUGGUUGUUCGUGAUUUUUAUGCUCCUACAAUUAACAGAAUUAGAUCAGAAGAAAAUUAAAGUGGAAGAAAAGGUUGCGGCAGUGAAUAGGUACAACCCUCCCCCAGAAGUGGUCGCAGCCCAGGAUCACCUGACCCAUGUCCUCAACAGCGUGAUGCAGCCACAGAGGAUCUUUGACAGCACUCUUCCUCGCCUGGACGCCCCUUAUCCCAUGCUGGUGCUGGCCGGUCCUGAAGCCUGUGGCAAACGAGAGCUCGCUCACCGCCUCUGCAGACAGCUCAGCGCUUACUUCAGAUACGGGGCCUGUCACACCACAAGACCACCUUACUUUGGAGAGGGGGAUCGAGUCGAUUAUCAUUUUAUCUCUCAAGAAGUUUUUGAUGAAAUGGUAAACAUGGGGAAGUUCAUUCUAACAUUUAAUUAUGGGAAUCACAACUAUGGAUUAAGUAGGGACACCAUAGAAGCCAUUGCAAGAGACGGUUUAGCAAGCUGUGUUCACAUGGAAAUAGAAGGUGUCAGAAGUUUGAAAUAUUCCUAUUUUGAGCCUCGAUAUAUCCUGGUGGUGCCCAUGAACAAGGAAAAAUAUGAAGGAUACUUGCGGAGAAAAGGAUUAUUCAGUCGUUUAGAGAUUGAAUUUGCUGUCUCCAGAGUGGACCUUUAUGUUAAAAUCAAUCAGCAGUUUCCAGGAUAUUUCGACGCAGUGAUCAAUGCAGAUGAUCUGGAUGCUGCCUACCAAAAGCUGAGUCGUCUCAUCAGAGAGUACCUUGGGUUGUCCGAGGAAACGUCCAAGGAUUUGGCUCCAACCGCAGGAGCUCCCUCUAGCAAGAAGACCCCCUCUGGGGUGCCCGCCCACCUGGUCCCAUCCCCGAGGCGCUUGGCAAAGCUGCAGGCGGAUGGCCAGUUAACCGAGCAUCACCCUGGGAUGCAGAUUCGUGCACAGGCCCCCGAAAAUCAGAGCGCCGCUCCCUCCCAGGACCAAGCGCCGACUCAGGAGGGAGCCGCCCACCAAGCGCUCUCUCCCAGCAGCCGUGUCAGUGCCGAGCCUCCCCCGCAGGCCCGAGACUUAUCCCCAGACCAGAGGGGAGGGGGUGUUCAACAAUCGGAUCCUUCUUCACAAAUCGUAACUACAAAUCUCCCUGAAAACGACUCUCGGACAUCUGAGGAGAAAGCAGGUUACGUAGGGCAGGCUUCCAUCACUCCUUCCCAAGGGCGCCCUGACCCGGGUCGGCACCCUGAGCCGUCUGCAGCGCACAGAGCUCCGCCAGACCAGGAUGAGGAGUCAGGGGAGGCUGAGGGCACCCUCGCUCUCCCUCCGCCAUCUGAGGCUCUACAGGAGUCUGACCCAACAUCCCUCAGCCCCCAGAGAACCCAGGGUGAGGAAACUGAGUCAGCCAAUCUGCCACCCGACGGUGCCCCUCAUGAGCCUCCGAGAGACCCUUCCCACCCUAAGGGGGCCAAAAUACCGGGACCACCUCUGGAAGAUUCUCAGCAACCUCCAGUGGAGGGAUCCCCAAAGGCAGAAUUUGUUCGGGUCAGCACUCCUUACCCAGAAGUGCCACAUCCUCAGGACUCAACAGACAUCGAACAGACCCAGGGCAGGGACAACCCAAUGACUUUGCUCCCCAGAAGCCGGCUGGCCCCCACCAGGCUGCCCCAGCCUCGGGUCCUCGCCCCGCUCCAGAGUCAGAGGCCCACACCCAGACUGCUCUCACCCAGCAGGGAGGAAGCUUUCAGAACAGCCUCAGACCAAACCGUGACUCCCUCGUCGAGGCCUCCACUAGCUCAGGAAGGAGACUCCAGUAAACUUCCUCCCAUCAGCCCUCCUCAUUCCAAACCACCACAAAGUCUGAGUCCCCAUCAGGACCACAGUCCUCAGCAAGUCCAGGAAGAAAAGGUCAGGGAGGUGAAACUCCCUCUUAUCAGUCCCCCCGUCCAGGAGCAUGCACCGCAGCCCGCCCCCGAUCCCCCCGAGGAAGAGGGGACUCGGGCGGUUAGGCUCCCGCACAUUCCCACCCCCUUCUCCGAACAGCAGCUGCCACACAACACAGGGGCUCACCGUGAUUUGAGGCCUGCAAAGGAAAGGCAGGCCCCCAAAGCAGGCCGCUCCUCCAGCAAGAAGAUUUCAGAUGUGCAGGCCUUACCCCCAAACCAAGAGCCGGUGCAGCGGACAGGAGCUAGGGAAAAAAAACUCCCUAUCCAAAGAGAGACAAUUAAAGGACCAGGGCAUCCGAAAAAGGUACCUCCUAGAAGCCAUCAGACAGCCUUGCAGCCAGAAUCCCAGAGUAAGCCGAAUCCGCCAAAGGUACCCCAUCACCCGAACCCUAGCCCUCCUCAGAGUCCUCAGGGGGCCCAGAGAAGAAAAGUCAACGUGCCAGAAAUUCCUGAGCCACCCCACGCUGAACCAUUGCCUACGGAUCCCCAGUUCCAAGAAGAGAAACAGGGAAAGGUGCAUCAUUCCAGGGAAAAGGCCCAUGCCAGCCUCCCCCCAGAUGACCCGGUUCAGAAGGUAGCUGGGUCCAAAAAAGGGCCAUCGUUGAAAAAGAAUUCUGAAGGAUCAUCUCAAGGAAAUAAAGCCACCCUCAGUGGCAGGCAACUGCACAGGGGUCCUCUCCGGAGUGCAAUGUCCUCUGUAGAGUCAAGACCAGAUGAUUCUGCUCCCAGGGAGCAUCCAGGGAGAAGAGAAGAGGUUCAUACGAGGGGAAGAUCUCAGAAGAGAGAAUCGUCUUUGGACUCCCCAGAGCAGGCCGCCACCCAGCAGCCUGUCAGAGAGACCCAAGCCCAUCGAAGGCCCAGUCAGACCAGAGAGAGUUCUGUCCAAAGGGAUGGUGCCUCCAGGCGGCAAGCCAAGGAGAAACACACCGAGAAACACGGGGGAGCACCCAAGGACAGAAGCUCUGCCGCAGCCCAGAAUCGGGUGUCUGCCGAGGAGCCGGGCAGCCGGAAGGGGAGGCUGCGAGCUCGGGGCAGCCAGAGCAGCAAGGUUUAAGCCAUCCCCAGAGCCACUCAGUAAGCGUGGGGGUGGGCUCCAGCACCGUCCCAGCCACUGGGUUCUUAGUCUGUGCGUUUGUGUGCCUUUCCUGUGGCUUGCCGUUGUAGUCCGGAAGGGCAGCCCCUAGAGUGGGAUCCACCAGCCAGUCGUGUCCCUGUGCCAGCCGGAGAGCUGGUCCCGAAGGUUAGGGUCAGCGGGGAGCCCUUGUGUCUACACUCCUAUGAACUCCAAUAUGCGUGCCGACUCUGGCUGAAGCAAUGUCAUGUGGCCAUUACGUUUUGUGUUACUCCUUAGGAAACUUCACUUCUAGACGAGAACAUUCUCGCAUGCCGCUUGCAUGUUCGAGGGGUCCGGCAGGAGAGCUCCGAGAAAGAGAGCCUUCGCAGUUUCUGGGUCUUUGUCACUUCCGCAAAGAUUCCAAACCCACAGUUAACUUGUGAGCGUCUUCGAAAGGGCAGAGGGGCAAGUUCUUUACGCAUAAGACACCGUGAUAGAUGAGAGCUUCAGAUUUGCGUUAGCUUGUGUUACCUGAAACUUACUUUUGCUUGAAAUGUAUUUCAAAACGAAUACCUUCCUUCUCUCCCUGAACAGGAACCUCGUGUAAAUUAGCCCCUGCCUUCAUUAUGCCAAACCACCCGGUUGAAUCAGUUAAGAGGGUUCCUGGGGAGAACAUUCAGGGGAAUCACUUUUUCUUUAAGGACUCAUACCAUCAGCAAGGGACAGGAAUCCAGCCUGAGCCAGCUUACGGGAAUCUACUGGAAGGGAGUGGAAUAUCUCCUACCAGCAGACCGUGGGGAGAACGGAGGUGCACCAGAGCCUUCGAGUGGGGACAAGUUAUCGAAAAACCCGGACUCCUGUCAUCUCCGGUAUUUUCUGUCACCGACUGGACUGUCGUCAUUUCUCAUUUCGGUUUCAUGGCUGGGAACAUAGCUGCCAACACCUCUCGAAUUUUUUUUAUUAAAGAUUUUUUUUUUCAACGUUUAUUUAUUUUUGGGACAGAGAGAGACAGAGCAUGAACGGGGGAGGGGCAGAGAGAGAGGGAGACACAGAAUCGGAAACAGGCUCCAGGCUCUGAGCCAUCAGCCCAGAGCCUGACGCGGGGCUCGAACUCACGGACCGCGAGAUCGUGACCUGGCCGAAGUCGGACGCUUAACCGACUGCGCCACCCAGGCGCCCCCGUCUCGAAUUUUACAUCUGGUUUUACAUCUGGCAGCUCCCACUACUAGAAAAGGAUUAAUUUACAUGUUCCUUAAUCCUGAAAUUUAAAAAAAAUUCAGCGAAAGACAGAUGGGCCUGGCUUGAAUUAAAUUAAAUAUUCUUAAAUUAAUCUACUCUGGCCAGAGACAGGGUCACAUACAUGUAACCGUCAGGCACUCCCGCCCCCUGUCAGGUAUACGGAGGCUACAUUCCCAGAAGACGGUAAUUGCGACCAAAGCAGCCAACCCAAGGUUUAGCUCCUAAAAAGUUGCAAAGAUGUUUAAUGAGCGCUUACUAUGUGUGUAGCAGCAUCCUAAACUGUGUUUGGCAUCCUGUAUUUAGAAAAUACAAAAAUUUGAGGACUAAAUGCCUGGAGAAAUGGUUCUUAUCAUAUACACGAGGCACGUGUCCACACUGUCGUAUGCACGCCAAAUAUUAUUUCAAGUUCAGGAGAGGACAUUGAUAUUUUUAAAAUCCAGGAUGCAGAAAUCCUCUUGGGAAAGCCUCUGUUAUACCAAUAAUUACCGUUUGAUUUAUCUGGCUUGUCAAAGAUGACAGUAAUAAGGAAUUUUUUUAACAUGUCAUAACUUUUAUUUAGUUCAGUUAUCCAAAACGUUGAUCGAGCAUCUACUAUGUGCCAGACGCUAUGAUAGUUGCUAGACAUAGUGGGAUGAUAAGGACACUUCAAGGAGCUCUUUUGUCAAGGGAGACCUAAGAGGGUCAAUGACAACACCAUGUGAUCCGGGCACUAGGAGGCCUCGCAGCAUGCUGGGCUAGGUUUAGGGUCCAAUAGACAGGCAAACCCAUUUAUUAACUUUUCCAGAAUGUCAUAAGGAUAUCAAGAAAGGACACUGGAUUCAGCCUGGGACGUGAGAAUUGGAUCAGAAAACACUUCCAAGAGGAGGUCCUCUUUCAGCUAAGUCAUCAAGGUUGCAAAAUUAGACUGAUGGGACAGAGCGAUGGUUUCUUAGAAGAGGGAACAGCGUGUGCUUAAGCAUGGUGGUAAGAGCAGGCACGGCGUUUCUUAUAAGGACCUGGAUGUCAGGAGGGCGGUAGGUAUUGGUAGAUCCAAAGGGCAUUUUGCGCUACGCUAACGAGCUUGGAAACUUGAUCUUCUAACGAGGGGGAGCCGUUGAAUAGUUAAAUUUUUAUCUUAGAGGCAUGUGUCUAGACUUGGUAUAGAGGAUAAAUUUAAGGUAGUCAAUACAGAGGGUAGGAAGCACGGCUGGGAAGCUAUUGCAAUAGUCCUAACAGGGCGGUAAGGGCCUGAAAUAAGGCACUGUGGCAGGAAUGGACAGAUUGAGGAAGUAUUUGGAUUGGAUCCAGGAGGAGGACAGAUGGUAAAAGGGAGGUAGAAAAAAAAGGAUAAUUACCCCCCUUUUUUUUUUAAUUUUUUUUCCAACGUUUAUUUAUUUUUGGGACAGAGA